UAUGAAUAGAAGACGCGGGCCUGUUGCGGAGAAGAACCUGGAAUCCUUCAAUGGAAGUGUCUCUCCCUCACUCUGUUGAGCAAAUGCUCCAAAGAAUUUGUACGGAACAGCAACAACCACCGCCCGAGGCCCACACCAGACGAAAUCUGGCAUCGCUCGGGGAAGAGUCGGCGCUCGAGCUUCUUCGUAAAAUAUCCCAUCUGAAAAUCCGUAAUCUCAGCGCAUUAAUCAGUUACAUGGUCGGAAAGGCUGCCCAAGGUGAUGCGGCCUCCCACUCUCCAACUCCAAAACACCUAAUAAGCUCCCCAUCUUCAACUCCCAAGAAAGCAAGGAGACAGGCAUCUAGUCCUCAACUAGUUGCCCUUGGUGAACUCGAGUUCAGGAAGGCCUUCCUAAUAUUGAGCUACAUUGGGGAUAAGAGGCCAGAGGACCUUUUAUCUGCAGAAGAAAUUCUAAAACUCAAAAAUCUCCCUAUGGGAGUAUUUGAGACAGAAGUUUGGAAUAAUUUAGGAAGAAAAUUUAUUAAGGAAGAAGACAGACAGAGGUCUUUUGAUUGGGAUUCUGAUAAAACACACAUAUAUCAUUGUCAUGUUUCACCAGAUGGAAGUUAUAGAUUCAAGGGUCCAUACCUAAACAAGACGAGAACUCACCUACAAAGGGUUUUAGGAGAUGAGAACAUAUUGCUUGUGAAGUUUGCAGAAGAUGUGACUGACAGGAGUUCACUGAAUUGUUCUACUGAUUCUAAUGCAUCCUAUAACAAGAUUGCAAGAGAGGGAAUUUUUGUUGGUUUGCGUCAAUAUCGAUUUUUUGUAUUUAAAGAUGGUGGCAAAGAGGAGAAGAAAAAAAACCCAACUUCGUCUGUUAAAUGUUAUUUUGUUUUCAUGGAGUCUAGUGCCUUAUCUGGGAAGACAGUACAUGAAGCAAGGUGCAUUUUUAUGCAUGCACAUAUGGUCUCCAGUGUGGCCAAAUAUAUGGCUAGGUUUUCCCUUAUUUUAUCUAAGACAGUCAAGUUAGAUGUCGAUCUCUCAACUGUCAACAUUCAAAGGAUUGAUGAUGAACUAGGCCGGGAUGAAGAUGGCUAUGUUGUAUAUGAUGAGGACUGGCAACCUCUAAUACUUACAGAUGGUACUGGUUUUAUAUCAGAGGACUUGGCUUUGAGGUGUCCAAAUAAUUUAUGCAGAGGAAAGUACAUGAAUAAUGGAAAUUCAGAUAGACUUGUUGGUAAUGUUGAACUUGAGGGGAAAUUUUCGGAGUUGAGAUGCUUAGAAACUCACACUUGGGAACCGCCUUUGCUGAUUCAAUGCCGAUUGUUUAACAAUGGCUGUGCUGUCAAGGGAACAUUGCUUCUCAAUCGAAAGCUUCCGCCCAGAACAAUUCAGAUUCGACCGUCAAUGAUUAAGGUUGAGACAGAUCCAAAACUUUCAGAUACUCAAACUGUGAAUUCAGUGGAGAUAAAUGGAACAAGUAAUCAACCCAGGAGAUCGUACUUGUCAAAAUAUCUGAUUGCACUUCUAAGCUAUGGAGGGGUCCCAAACGAAUAUUUUAUGAAUUUACUAAAGGAUGCCUUGGAAGAUGCUCCGAGUGUCCAAUCCAGUAAGCGUGCAGCAUUAAGAGUUUCCCUGCGAUUUGGUGAAAUGGAUGAUGAUUCCAUUGUCACAAGAAUGAUUUUAUCUGGGAUUCCUAUUGAUGAACCCUUUUUGCAGCACCGUUUAUCUUUUAUGGUGAAUGAGGAAAGGAAGGGGUUAAGGGUAGGAAAGCUUCCUGUCAAUGACUGUUUCUAUUUGAUGGGGACAGCUGAUCCUACUGGCAAGCUUAAAAGUGAUGAAGUUUGCAUCAUUCUUGACCAUGGACAAGUUCAGGGAAGGGUGUUGGUAUACAAGCAUCCUGGUCUUCACUUCGGAGAUAUACAUGUUUUAAAUGCUACUUAUGUGGAAGCCUUGGAAGAGUGUGUUGGAAAUGCUAAAUAUGCCAUAUUUUUUCCCAUUAACGGCCCUCGAUCAUUAGCAGAUGAAAUAGCAAACAGUGAUUUUGAUGGUGACAUGUACUGGGUCUCGAGAAACCAGCAGCUAUUGCAAUAUUUCAGAGCAAGUGAACCUUGGAUGCGUAAGUGUUCAACAAGACACGUACCUAGUAAAAGGCCAACUGAUUUUUCACCUGACGAAUUGGAGCAUGAGCUUUUUCAGCUGUUCCUAACAACUAGGUUUCAGACAAGUAGCGCCAUUGGUAUGGCAGCUGAUAACUGGUUGGUGUUUAUGGAUCGGCUGUUGACAUUGAGAGAUGACUGUAGUGACGAGAAAGAAUGUUUAAAGAGAAAAAUGCUUGAGUUGACUGAUAUAUACUAUGAUGCCUUAGACGCACCAAAAUCUGGAAUGAAGGUUAAUGUUUCUAAGGAAUUAAAGGCUGAAAAAUUCCCACAUUUUAUGGGAAGAGAGUCUUCAUACCAUUCCACAUCUAUUUUAGGACAAAUUUAUGAUGCAGUGGAGUCCUUUCAACCCGAGAACCAGUCAACAAAAGAAAUUUGGAGACUCCCCUUGUUCAACAUAGAUGCUGUCCCUCAAGCCUGCUUGAGGUCAUGGAAGGAUCGGUAUGAUCAGUACAGAUCUGAUAUGGCUGCUGCCCUGCAGCGUGGAGGGGAAACCAAAGACGAGUAUGCAGCCGAAGUCAUACAAAAAUACAAGCAGAUAUUAUAUGGAGCUGCAGAGUUUGAAGAGAGUCCUAGAAAAUUGGAGGACAUCUUUGAUGAGGCUCUUGCAAUUUACCAUGUCACUUACGAAUUUGCAAUCAAUGGAGCGAGGGUGAGUUAUUGCAACUUUCCCUGGAGAGUUGCAGGUCGAGCCCUCUGCAAGCUGUACACUGUGAAGCUAGGUGAAAAGUCCAUGGUAUGUGUACCUUCUGUUUUGCGCCAAGUUUUUAAUUAAGCGUAAAACUUGGUAACAGUCAAUAUUCUGAUGUUUGUAUGGUAUGUAAAAAUCUAUCCUAUCUUAAUGGUGCGGAAAAUAUCUUAUAAUUAUUUUACAUGAUAUGCCAGUCUGGCGCUUGGGUAUCAGCCUACCAGAUACCAACUA